AGAGAGGGGAGAGAGGGGAGGGGCGGCCACGGGGGGGUGACACGAGGCGUGUGCGCCUGCGCAAAGGUGUCCCUGCACUGACAAUGCUCUUCCGAAGAUAGCGUCGGCGGAAUCUCAAUCAAACCGACCUCUCCGUCGGCACGAUGCGCUCCAAGGGACGGGCCCGCAAACUCGCCAAAAACGAGGAGGAGGAGGAUGACGAGGUGGUUGAGGACAUGUACGACGGACAGCCCGGCCUGGCGGCGGUCGGGGAGACAGCUCUGGGGGCCGUCGGGACGGUCCCGUCGGACGGCGACGAGCGGGACGACGACGACGCCGCCGCCGCCGCCGCCGCAGCCGCCGCCGCAGCCAAUUGCCUGCUCAGCAGCAGCGCGCUGAGCGCCGGCGCGCACGCGGCCCUCAAGCACGGGCCGCCGUCGCUUCCCAGCUCGCCCUCCAUGCUUCACUCGGCCGACGACAGCCAGGAGUUUGGCCGCCCGUACGAGGGCGGCGACGCGGGGCCGCCCGCGUACGGCUCGUCCGUCUACGUUCCCGACGACGUGUCGCUGCCCGGCGAGCUGGAGCUACGCGAGGCGCGCUCGCCCCCCGGCGCGGGCCUCGGCGUGUGGGCGCGGAGCGGCCUGCGCGCCGGCGACAAGUACGGGCCCUACACGGCCGGCGAGGGCGGCAGUCCGCGCUCCAAGGACGGGGACCACGCGUGGGAGCUACUGGACGGGCCGUCUGGCGUGUGCGGCAAGGACGGCUCCGCGGCGGGAGAGCCGUGCAGAGGCUCGGCAGGGGACAGCGAGGAGCGCAGCUGGCUCAAGUACGUGAGGCUCGCCGCGUCCACACGGAGGCCCAACUUGGCAGCGGUCGAGAUUGAUCAGAAGGUUUACUACAAGGCGAUCAGGGACAUCGAGGCCGGCGAGGAGCUGCUGCUGUGCAUGCAGGAGGAAGGCGUGGAGCACCAGGCAAUGGCACCCAGCACCGAGCCCCUGUCCCAGGGUGGGAUUUCUGAUGACGAGCGCCAGCUGCGCUGCGGCAACUGCAAGGAGCUGUGCCCGUCCGACACGGUCCUCAAGCAGCACCAGCAGUUCGGCUGCAUCUUGGGCUGCGGCGGCGGCGGCGGUGGCGGCAGCUCGGCGAGCGACAGCAGCGACGGCCUGGCCUCCGCCGGCCUCGCGGGCGCAACGUCGCCCGCGUCCGUGUUCCCAGCGCUUCACGACGACUACCGCAUCGCCGCGGCCGCCGCGGCCGCCGCGGCCGAGCGCUCGGCUAAUGAGGGCCCCCUGCACGAGUGCAAGGAGUGUGAACGCAUCUACCCCAACGCGUACUUGCUGGAGCAGCACAUGCAGAUGCACACGGAGGAGCGGGAGUACAAGUGUGAUCAGUGUCCCAAGGCGUUCAACUGGAAGUCGAACCUCAUCAGGCACCAGAUGUCGCACGACAUCAACAAGCGCUACGAAUGCGAAAACUGUGACAAGGUAGUGGUUUUCACGGACCCCAGCAACCUGCAGCGCCACAUCCGCUCGCAGCACGUGGGGGCACGCGCGCAUGCCUGCCCCGAGUGCGGCAAGACGUUCGCCACCUCGUCCGGCCUCAAGCAGCACAAGCACAUCCACAGCAGCGUCAAGCCCUUCACGUGCGAAGUUUGCCACAAGUCCUACACGCAGUUCUCGAACCUUUGCCGGCACAAGCGCAUGCACGCCGACUGCCGCACGCAGAUCAAGUGCAAGGACUGCGGGCAGCUCUUCAGCACCACCUCGUCGCUCAACAAGCACCGGCGCUUCUGCGAGGGGAAAAACCACUUCGCCAUGUCGGCCGCCGCCGCCGCGGCCGCCGCCGCCGCCAUCUUCCCGCAGGGUUCGUCGCUCGGCCCGUCCCUCGACAAGGCCGCGUCGGCCAUGCUCAGGAACCACGGCGUGACGCCCUCUCUCAACAGCUACUUCGGGCCGAGCCGCCACCACCACCACCACCACCACCACUCGGGGCUGCCGGGCUUCCCAGGCGCCGGCGGCAUGCAGCCGAGCUUCUCGCUGGCGCAGAGCUUCGCGGGCCUCUUCCCGUCGCCCCUCUACGCCCGGCCGCCCAUGCUCCCGCCGACGGGCGCCAUGAUGCAGGCGGGCGGCGACGCGGCCAAGCUGGCGGCGCCCGUGGCGCACGCCAUGCUCCACCCGGGCGCGGCCGCCUCGGCGGCGGGGCUGUCGCUGGCAGCCUCGCACCACCACCACCACGGCGGCGGCGGCGGCGGCGGCAGCGUGUCGUCCGCUCUGCUCUCAGCGCCGGCGCGCCCGCAGCACGCUCGCUCCGAGGAGCGCGGCGGCGGCGGCGGCGACGGCGGCGACGGCGCCGGGAGGACGGAGAGGUCCCCCCGCGAGAAGCUCAACGACAAGGGCAGCGAGGUGUCGGACGGCUCCGACCUGGAGGCCACCAGCACGCCCAUGGGGAGCGACGACCUGCAGACGAGCACCGGCUCGGAGGCGGACAGCGACAGCGACAAGGAGAAGACCAAGAGGAAGAACCCCGUGAACGGCGCGCAGGGCUCCAAGCAGGGGGACUCGCCCGCCCUCACCAACGGCGGCGGCGGCGGCGGCGGUGGCGCCGGCGGCGCCGGCGGCUCCGUGGCGGCCAGAAUGCCGCAGAACAAUCACCUGGCGUUUCUGCCACCGCCGGCGGAUGACAACAACGGGUCCGACUCGACCAACGACUCGAUCAAGGCGAUCGCUUCGAUAGCGGAGAAGUACUUCGGCCCCGGGUUCAUGGGCAUGCCGGAGAAGCAGCUCCGAGCCUUCCCCUACACGCCCAUGUUCUCGUUCCCCUUCGUGUCGCCGCUGCCGCACCCCGUGUUCCCCAUCGCCGAGCCGAAGGCGGCCGCCGCCGUCGCCGCCGCCGCCGCCCCUCCUCCGCCCGCCGCCGCCGCCGCCGCCGUCGUCGUCAAGACGGAGCCCAAGUCGCCGUCCCCCACCGAGAGGGCGCACGGCAAGAGCGUGCCGGCGGAGGCCGACGCCGGCUCGCCCUUCGACCUGAGCGUGGCGGCCAAGCGCAAGGACGAGGCCAGGCAGCCGCCGGCGCCAGCGUCAAAGCCGGCGCCGGCGCGGCCCCCCGCCGCGCAUCAGCGGGACGACCAGCCGCUCGACCUCAGCACCGGCGGACGGACGAGGGGAGCGCAGGGGGGCUGCUGCCUCCCCCCGCACCCGAUGCUCCCGCACUCGGCGGCCGCCGCCGCCGCCGCGGCCGCGGCCGUGGCCUCCUCCUCGUCUUCCUCGUCGUCGGAGGUGGCCAGGAAGAGCCUCAACCACAUGUUCGGAGGCGGCAAGCAAAAGCUGCCAAGCGACGGGCCCAAAGUCGGGCACGCGCCCGGUCACGUGCGCCACCAGCGGUCGCACCACCAUCACCACCAACAGCAGCAGCACCAUCAUCAGCAGCAGCAGCAGCAGCACCAUCAUCAUCACCAGCAGCAGCAGCAUCAUCAUCACCAGCAGCAGCAACAACAGCAGCAUCAGCAGCAGCUACAACAGCAGCAUCAUCAGCAGCAGCAGCAGAUGCAUCAGCGUUCGUCAAUUCCUUUUGCUCAUCUCAACCCCUUCUUUCUUGACCCUAUAUACAGGUGCGGCCUACUGAGGGUGGAGAAGAGGAAAAUGGACGACCCCAUGUCCUCUCUGAAGGAGAAGUACAUGAGGCCAAUUCCGAGCCUGCUCUUCCACCCGCAGAUGGCGGCCAUGGAGAACAUGGCCGACAAACUGGAAGGCUACAGCGCCAUGAAGCUGGACGGCGGCAGCGGCCACAUGCAGCAGCAGCAGCAGCCGCCGCCGCACGCGUUCGGAUUCCGCCAGCCGCCCCCCAGCCUGCCCGACAGCCUCCUGCGUAAGGGCAAAGAGCGCUACACCUGCAGAUACUGCGGGAAGAUUUUCCCGAGAUCGGCCAACUUAACGCGCCAUCUGAGAACCCACACGGGGGAGCAACCGUACAAGUGCAAAUACUGCGAGCGCUCAUUCAGCAUCUCGUCGAACCUUCAGCGCCACGUGCGCAACAUCCACAACAAGGAGAAGCCCUUCAAGUGCAACCUGUGCAACCGCUGCUUCGGGCAGCAGACCAACCUCGACCGCCACCUCAAGAAGCACCUUGCCGGAACGGCCGGCUCGUCUCCCAACUCUGAGCUGGAGAACAGCUCGCUGCUGGAGGACAAGGAGGAUUCGUACUUCACCGAAAUCCGCAACUUCAUUAGCAGCACGGAGGAGUCGAACGCCCUCCCUGGCACAGAGCCACCCACCCUCGGCGUGGACGAGGAACCGGCAGCGGAGGCGAUCGCCGUGACUCCGGAGCGCAGGGAAGACCCCGAGGAUGAGGACGACGUGGAGGAGGAGGAGGAGGAAGAGGAGCUGGAGGAGGAAGAGGAGCUGGAGGAGGAGCUGAUGCUGGAGGGCGAGGAGGAGAGCGCCGCCGAGCGCUCGCCGGAGGAGCACGUGACCCCGGCGGCCAAGGCGGGGCGGCCCCCCGACGAAGAGGAGGAGGAGGAGGAGGAGCUGGACGACGAUGUGGGAGGCGACCGCGCGGAGCGUCUCCCGUCGGAGUUCGGCACCGCAAGGUGCAGCCCGCUGGAGGAGGGAGCCCUGAGCCCGCUGGGGCCGUCGUCUCAGCUGUCCGCCCUGGAGCACAUGAGCCACUUCCCCGACAGCCUGGACCUGCGCAAGCCGCUCAAGGAGCGCUUCGCCGAGCUGCCCUACGGCACUGCCACGGCCAGCCACGACGGGGUCAAGCCGCCCCUCUACCGCCAGUCCAAGUCGCAGGCCUACGCCAUGAUGCUCUCCCUGUCGGACCGAGACUCACAAGGCUCCGGCAGCAUGUGGCACGGAGCGGCAAGGGCCCCGGCGGAAGCGAGCACCCUCCACCCCGUCAGUCGCCUUUAGGACCGGACAAGAGCGCGAAGAAGUUUCCCCAAGCGAUAUCAUGAAGUAACAAACAAACAACAACGACACACAACACCCCAUUUGGGUGCGGGAAGAGAGAAAAGGAAAAAAAGACGAGAGCAAAAAAAAAAAUCCCUAAAAAAACGACUUUGUUUGUUGGACCAAAGCUUGAUUGUUUUUUUUGUUUGGGAGAUAUUUUUGUCGUCGGGUAAUCGUUGAUUGUUUUUAGUUACUCACUCAAUCCACGCAAUGACUUUUAGUAGGACAAAAUAAUAGGAAUGAUUAUUAUCAUUGUGUAAAUGUAAUAAGUAAGGUUUUCUUAGUCGUGGGGAUCAAAGGUCAAAUGAAGACUUGCGUAACCGUGGUUUUUAAAUUUGAGAAGUUGGUUUCACAGCAGGGGCAAAGCCAACGUGUCAGAAUUAUUAUACAUGCACACAGUAUAUAUAUAAAAUACAGUACUUGUAACUUAUUGGUUGACCAAGUCAAUGAUGUUAUGGAAUAUCAUUUUUUUAUAUAUAUUAUUAGAUGUUGAUAUGCAGUAAAACUUUUAAAAGGCUACUGCGUGCCUAAAUUAAUCUUGUAUCUCCCCCCUCUCUGCUUUAAAAGUAGAAACAAAAAUAAUGUUUGAUGGGUUUUACCCCGAUGCGUGUUAAAUGGAAAAGAUGUUGUUGGAAGUUGUAUUGUUUCGACGCUACCUAUCAUCGACCUCUGCAUUUACGGAACCAAAAUAUGUGUUAGUUGUGGCAAAUGGGUCUCCAUUGUGUGGGACGAGAAGCCUCGAGCUAUCGCAGAUAAAAAUGUGGGGAUAGUUACAAAACGAGUUGCUCAUUAGAAAUGGUUACGUUCAGAGCCUCCCAGAUAGCGCUUCACGGCAGUCUGGUAAAGUCAAAAAGUGAUUCAGCUUCAAUGCAGAUUUCAGGUCUCAAACGAGAAUAUAACUUACGAUUUAUUAAUCACGUCACUUUGUGAAGAUGUUAAAUUACAUUCGUUUCCUUUUGUGUAGACUUUGCUGGGAGUUUUUUUAAUUAUUAUUAUUAUUAGCGACGUAUGCGCUGGAUAGCAUGCUGCAUGGCAUGAACCCACCGCAUCAAGCCGAUUUCAAACCCUAGGCGUGGCUGACAUCGGCAGCGAGUGAUCACCAAACCGGUCCGAGGCCUCCACAUUCCACCACGCUGCAAUGGACCCCCUGCCGUGAUGUUUGGUCGGACAACUCUCGCGCGACCGAACUGUGUGGGGAGGUCCUUUAUUGAGAGAGGGCUGUAAGUUACUUUUAUUGUUAUUAAAAGAAAAGCCCUUAAUACCAAUGACAAGGUUAAUUAUGGCGGCCCAUGAAGCCGCAUCCGUUGAUAAGGAUUUCACAUGACAAUCGCAUCCUUGUGCAACAAGAGAACAGCGUACAGUAUUUUGCUUUCGACACCAGAUAAUUCACAGACACCAUGGACACAUUUUGCCGAGAGUGACUUGCACUGCAGCGUCAAUCAAAAGUCAGAAUCUACAAGCAAAUGUGCUCACUCGAUUGAACAAAUAUUUACCCCCCCCCCACAUACCCUAUGGCUACAAUGCAUCAAACACACCAACACCACCUGGCGACUUGAAGGCACGUGCACUAACAUUUAAGUCGCCGUCUCCAUCAAAGAAAUCUCAACCGAUGUCACUCUCCAACAUUGCCGGCGUGGUCAAGCAGCCACUUGCCGUUUUCGUGGUUGACGUUCUUUUGCUUCCGGUUAAAUUAUAAGUAUCGUGGAUCGGUUACAUCGAACAGGUCGCAAUUACGUGAACGUCGGACUUUAACGCUGGCAUGUCACUUGCUUGCACCUUUUCCAACGAUUACUUCCUUUUGAAUUAUAACAGGGUCACGGUGAGAAUGGCAUUGCUGAUUAAGAAUAUGCCUUUGUCAUGCAAUAAUUACCCUUUUGGAAAGAAAAAAGAAAACCUCACGACGAUCACGAUUUAAUUACCGAUUGCCGAGGCACUCAAUAUUUGUUCUUUCCCCCGCCCCCCCCAAAGUGCAACCGGACGGUAACUCGGUCACGUCGGUCACGUGGCUCUUCGCCUCUCCUUUGUGCGAAAUUUGAUAGGCGUAAAAGUAAAAAAACGAACGGAUCUAAUAUUAUUUGUGUUCAUUUGUCACGGAAGCCGGCGAACAUUUUACGCUCGAGAUUUGGAAAGUGGUUUUCCGCGGUUAGCGCAGCGGAGCAGGUAUGGUGUAUGUUUUCGCUGUACAUAAUUCCCCACCAGGCAACGUUUUUGUACACAUUCUUACAGCACGUCACAAGAGGGGAGCCAAUUUUGCAGUACACAGUAGAAUUGUGUGGGGUUCUUUUUAGUCUUGCUUUUUGUUUGUUUGUUUCUCGUGUGUUUAGAAGCGCGUGGGCCUGUAAAUAGCCGGUUUGAUAUCAUUUCCCCGUUUUUUCCAGAGCAGUAUUUCCAUUCGUAUUUCUUCCACCUUACUUUGUUUUUAGAGUGUUAAGUGGCACGUUAAUAUUUAAAUGAAGGACCAAGAUACGUGCUCCUCGCUAACACUCAUCCAUUAGGCAUUGACAGUUUGCUCGCCAAGAUAAUAUUGCUUCCUGCUUUAUGACAAUCAGUUACUUGCAGUGUAGACGUUUCGUUUUUAAAAUGUAGUUAUUUAUUUUUAAGUGCGCGAUUAAAAAAAAAUUGUAGCUAAAAAAAACGGGCGAAUUUUUUUUGAAAAUCGAACGUGUUAAUAGUAUUAGCAUGAAAACAAACCCUCAUAAUUAAUGUCGUGUGUAUCAAUUCAAUACAUUUCCUAACUCAUCCGAUAGACAAAAAAAAGAGACUAUGAAAAAAAGACAGAUUUUUGUCAAAUGGCAUUGGUGUUAAGGUGCCAAACGGAAUAUGUUCCUUGUAUGUGUUGUGCGUGAGCAUGUUUCCUUGGCUGUUUCUUCUGUGGCCCAGUAUUCCCUCCCCCAUCGCUACAAGUGACGUUUAUUUAAGGCAGAUGGAAGCGAUAAGAAAGCUACGACGAUUCAUCCCAUCCAUUGUGUAAUGCCCAGUUUGGUUUUGCAGAUCAUUCUGGCAAAGCGUCAUUUUAAUACGUUUCUGCAAGCUUCUCAAUUUGCAAAUAAAAUCCCACGUGUAGCCCAAAACAUAACCCUGUGCCUCCAAUAACCCCAAGGUUCUAAAGUGUUCGACGUUGAUUACGAUACAUUGAAACAAAAUCCUUUAAAUAUUAGUCAGUGAUAUUAAUUACGAUAACGUACAUAUCAUUUUUUUAUUCUUGAGUAGAAGCUGAUCUUGUUUUUCUCCAAUAAUUGUUUUGUUCUUAAGCCGGUUUUUGCAAACAUCAAAUCACUCGUUAUUGUCACGUAUUUAUUGUCAUCGUUAUUAUUGUUACGAAUACAUCCUUAAGCUAGAACUCGUUUCACUUUAGAUAGUAUUGAGAAGUGUAUGCGGGGCCAAUUGCAUCAUUCGACCUCUUAUUAAUGAUUAUUUCCUACUGCUAUUAUUUUUCUUCUUAUUCUCACAUUAUGGCGUCCAAGUUAAUUCAAUGCACUGUAGCAAUAACAAAAAAGGGUCGUUUUAUUUUGUUCCAUCACAGAUUCAGAAGAAGAAAAAAAACUCACCGAACAAUUUUGUACAUCAAACGGCACAACAUCAUUUACGAGCACUCCAAUGCGAUCGACUUCCAAGCCAGUUCAGGAGCUUUUGCGAGCUUCGGUGUGCGGCGUCGGGGACGCCCUCCAUCAUCCGUGACGUGACGGAGAAACGAGCGGCUGCAAACUUAUUCCGAUAGCUUCCACACGGGCUGCGACGUUUCCAUUAAGAGCAUUUCUCGGCGUCGUUUAUAAGCCAUGGUUUUCUUGAACAAUGCACAAGCACAUAUCGUUGGGGGUAACCUCAUCACACAGGCCCUUGGUCCGCAAUGGAUCGCGGACGACAACGGUGUCGAUAGUGAACAACGGCUUACUGUUGGCAGAUUCAGCAUUACGUUGAUAGCGAGGUUUGACAUUUGCAGAGCGCAAGGCAUAUGAUUAAACAAGUCGAGGAGGAGGGGGAGAAGGAUGUAACGUGUUUAAAUGACAAAUGCACUUAGUAACAAAGCAGCACCCCCUGUAUACAGAGUACAAGCGCACUUUAAGAUGCUUCAAAGCAAGUAAUGCAGAACGGCAUUAGUGACGGAGGAGAUUCAUGAGGAUCUUGACGAGACACAUUGGCCGGCCUGUCGACAAAAUGACCGACAUUCCUCGGCCACUUUUUUUUCUUUACUUUCCAAAAAAAGGAAAACACAACACAUACCGGCAAAUUGCUUCAGCGACAAGUUACAUUUUAACGUUACAUUAGGAUGAGAAUUCCAAAGGAUCAGGUUGACAGAUUGCGUGUGAAAUUAUGUUAACAAAAUAUUAGUACUGUACCAAAAAAACACCGUUAAGGGCCCACCUUUUUAUCUAUGGCUAAGAACACUGGGUUGUGGAAGGCGGCUUAUUUUACACAACAUUCGCUUUGAUUCGGACUCGUUUGUUAAAAAAAAAAAACGUUAAUUGACAGUGCAUGCAAAAUAUACUUGAUCUGCAAUGUAGUUGAACUAUAAACAGAGACUAGCGUGACAUCUUUUACGUAAGUAUACACACAGACUUUGUCGUUCAAACUUUGUUUUUGUUCCUGUUCGCACUUCAAAUCUUGCCUGGUGCUAGGUUUUAAAACAUGUGGUUGUUGAUCUUUUUUUUGUAUUUUCGAGCAUGGUUCAGUCAUGCCAUUGAGAAACAACCAACACAUUCGCGCAUAUUUCACAGAAAAAAAAUGAUCCUCACAAUAAUACUGUGCUUAACAAAAUUCGCGGUGCAAGUGAAAUCACGUUGUUCAAAGUCGUUCCGAGCUUGUGAGGAUGCAUCAACACUGCAUUCAUCUGUGGGAUUAUUACGUGCUGAAGGAGGAAGGGGGGGGAAAUCCGAAAAUUAAAAAAACGAUGUAGCUAAAAUAAACAUAAGUUAAUAAUCAGUGUUUUUAUUGUAAAAAAAAAAACCUAAAAACUAAAAAAAAAUUUCGCUUUCUUAAAAUGCACCACGUAACUUAAUCGCAGGAGAAUUCGGCAAGCCGGAAGCAAUGUUGUGAGUGUAUGACAGUGCUAUACAGAAACAAUGUUGUAUAAGGUGGUUGGACCUCCUGUUCCAACAUGCAGUGGCAGGCUGGGUGAUAAAAGUCAACAGAUUUUGUUUCAUAUUAUUAUGCAUCGAUAUGCGUGUAGAUAUUUCUAUUUUAUUCUAAAUGUUAUUUUAGGGGGGUGGGGGGGAGGUGGCGGGAGCGAUGAGGAAGAAAAAAGCAGUUUUUUUUUACUGCCAAAAUGUCAUUUGAUGAUCAAACAACCGUUCAAGGGCGACAUAUUCGCGGGCUCUGGGUGACCUGAGGCACUAUCCUGGCUUCUUGUGCCACCUUGUUGACAAACGAGAGCGAUGACGUGUGUGCGUGUGGUUGCAUUGUCGAGUAAGGCAAGUGGAAUACAUUUCAAAACGUAAUUACAGAGUAACGUGUGCUGACCAUGUUAAUCUUAAUAAACUUGUGUGUACCCAGAGUUAGCUCUUUGCGAUACCAGGAAAAAAAAGAUUUAUACUUUGCAGUUGGUAUGCAAUACUGUAUAAUAAUGAUGAUGAUAAUAAUAAGAGAAAUAAAACAAAAAAAAUUGUGUGGCUUUUUUAA